AUGUCACGAUAUCUCAACUGCCGCCUUUUCACAUCAGCAUGCCGUAGGCAAGCUUCGGCAUCUGAGGCAUGCAGCGAGCUCCUCACCCGCUUUCAGAAUGGGCCCAUCUCGAUACGUAAACAAGUCCUCGAUGCAAAUCAGCUUCAACUGCUAAGUAUCACGUUGAAUCACACUCCCUCAUCUUUCAAUCCUUCACCAAACGGCACGCCAGUCCCACCAGGCUAUCAUCUCGUCUACUUCACGCCCUCAAUUAUUGAGUCUGAAUUGGGUCUAGAUGGCACAGAUAGGACGGUAAAUCCCUUGAGCCCUUAUACAAGAAGGAUGUGGGCAGGGGGCGAAUUGACAUGGAAACAAGAUCGAACCGCGUUGUUGAGAGUCGGACAGGAAGUGAAAGAGACGACGAAGCUGUUGAGCGCGGAGCCAAAGUCUUUGAAGAACGGUGGCGAGAUGUUAGUUGUGGGGGUCGAGAAGACCUUCUCAAACGACCACGGCAUCGCAUUAACGGAUCAACGUAACUGGGUGUUCCAGCGCGAACUUACUCCGGAAAACCCAGUGAAAGCGCCCCCAAGACCGCCAGAAAAGCCUCUACCGAUUGGGUCAAACCAAAGAGACUUUUGUCAGACACCGAUUUCUUUAUUUCGCUUUUCAGCAUUGACAUUCAAUGGUCAUAAGAUACAUUACCUGCCUGAGUGGUGCAGAGAGGUAGAGGGUCAUAGGAAUGCUGUUGUUCAUGGCCCCCUGAACCUGGUCAACAUGCUGGACUUUUGGAGAGACACCAGUAAGAGCGGAGACACAGAGGCGGUGCCCAAGUCGAUCUCCUAUCGCGCUAUGAGCCCACUAUAUGUGGAUGAGCCGUAUCGAAUUCUACUAGAAAAAACUGCUACGAAGGAAGGGGAAAGGGAGACCGACGGACAUUGGCAACUGGGGAUUUGGGAUAGUUAUGGAAAGCAAAGCAUGAAGGGUACCAUAACGGAAUGA